GAAAGUGGUAUUUGCAUCAGGCUGGAAGGGUCGGUGUUCGGCGCUGCUAAACAGCUUUAGCGUACCUUUUUUGAGGCACACGCGGGCCCUCUGUUUUUGUUUAGACUGUACACAAGUACAUCGCACGGCGUAGCCAACAAUCCUCGAUGAACCAGCUGCAGGAUCUGGGGGCAGAUGCUUUGUGCAACAUCGUGGUCUUCGCGACGGGAGCGGAGAUCGUGGCACUUCUCCAAGCGGCGAGGUGCAUUCGGGCAACCCUGGCGGGACCUUUGGCGCGGAAGCACUUCCAAGCCAUGAGCGUUGCGCGGUGGGGGGAGGGCUGCCGUUGCCAGUACGCCGUCGCCGAUGCCGGGACGAAGCUCCCCCGCGCCGCCGUAGACGAGUCCGACUACGACCACCACCACGGCGGUACCGAUGUUGGCGCCCGCAGCAGCAGCAACGCCACCGAUAACGGGGAUAUUGACAGCAGCGACAACGGGGACGGUGAUGACAGCAUCGGGAACAAGCCUCCCGCCACAGGCAACAACAACAACAACUCCCCGAACGAAGAAGGAAGACGCGAUAGGGGCGGUGGCGGCGGCGCUGAUUGGCUAGCGUUUUACUUGAGGCGCGUGGGCCACCGCGCAGCUCGGCCUUCUCCGCUCAAUCUCCUCCAGGAGCAUUACACGGAGGACGCCUACCGCCUCUUGUCGUGCUGCAUCCUUUGCUCCCGCACCAGUGGGGGGGACACCGUGAAGGACGCGGUCAAGGCAUUUUUUGAGGCUUGUCCCACACCCACCAGCGUUCUGGCCGCUGACCUGGGGGAGCUCCGCAAGACGUUGCUGCCGCUCGGACUCAACAGGGAGUUGAUAAUAAAGCGCUUCGCCGAAGGCUUUCUCGCGUCGGCCUGGCACGACCCUUCCGAGCUCCACGGGUGCGGCCGCUUCGCCUCCGACUCUUGGCAGAUUUUUUGUCUCGGUAACCACCGACCGGGGAACCAGGUAAUCGAUGCCGCCGCCACCGCCGCCGCCGCUCUCUCCGGUCGAGAAGCCGCACAGGCGCCCUGCGGCAACGACGGAGGCGCCAGCAAGAAGAAGAAAAACGUCCGCAGCGGCGGCGGCGGCGGCGGCAGGCGCGGUCCGCUUGAUCGUAAUCUCGCCGCUUAUUGCCGUUUCGCCAGAGAGCGCCGCCGGUCGUCGGACGAAGGAGGCGUUACUACCGGCGGCGACGCCCUCGGCACCGGCGAACCCGCGGCCGCAACUACGGCCUCGAACACCUUUAAGAAGAGACUCAGGAAGGCGGUGCUAGUGGCGGAAGAGUAUGGCCCGGUGCCGACGGCGGCAGCCAAGAGGACAAGGAAGGGCGGCGGGGACUCAGCCCCCGAUGCUCGUCAACGCCGACGUAGCGGUACCGGCGGCGGCGCGCCGACCAAGGCACGCGGAGCCGCCGCUGCUUCGGAAGUCAGCGGCAGCGGCGGAGCACGAAGAAGGUUGCCGGUCUGAAGAGACUUGGGUAGUGGCAGCACUCGGGAGGAACGGGCAUUGCGGCGGCGUCGAGGAGAGGCGGCCGCGCGGGGAUGACGGGAGGUUGUUGACGCGGAAUGGGAGUAUCAUGUAGACUUACGCCGUAGUCGUUAGACCAUUCCCAUGAAAACGCAUGCAUUGACGUCGCAUCCCUUCAUUGCCGGGCGGAACGACAUGCCGGGUUGUCGUCGGCCCAGGCUACGUCUCACUAGGAUGAACCAGAAGUUGGUCAUUAUCCUUUGCGUUUCGCUGUGCCAAACCAGACGUACCAUGGGAAGGGGGAGGGGGGGAGUGUUGGUAGUACACUCUCUCCUUGGCAAGCUGGGGGAGUCUAAUACCGCGCAGCAGUGCCAUGAGCCGUGAAAGCAGCUUGAUCAUAUCCUCGGUGUUCUGUGUUUCGCAUGAAGGGGUUGGCGAAGGUGUCGACCACCUGCCACUAACUAUGCAUAACGAUAUUUUAUUUUGGUGUCU